AUUUCAUUGUCUUUCGCUUUAUAUCAGCAAGGCAAAACCUCGCGGCUCGAGCUGUAUGGGGGCUGUAUGCUCCGCCUCGAAGCUUGAAACUUUCAGGGGGACAUCCCUUCAGCCUUUAGGUAAUCUUCCAUUCCUUUCCUUUCCUCAAAUUGGUGCUGGCGAUUGCCCGUUGAGCUUCCUUUCUGUGCAAAACGUGUGAUCAACCGCAUGGUUGCAACUGACGCCAAUGGCGCCUGCUCCCGCCAAAACGCCCAAGUCUGAAGUAAACGAUUGGUGCCUUUUUCAGACCGAGGGGGCGCAAAAGGUUGUGUACCUUACAGAAGGGGACGACUCAAAACCACCCACUUAUCAAUGCACCCUGAAGCUGCCUGAUGGCCGCGAGUUUCAGUCUGAGGGGGGAUACAAGAAGAAGAAGGAUGCAGAACAAGCAGCGGCGGAGAAAGCAAUGCAGGCGAUUGGUCGGCCCAAUGCGGAGCCUGAAGGCACUUCUCCCGUUCUGCCCGUCGGAGAGUCAGCCUUUGGGCGAUGGCAGCUGCUCAAGUCCCGUUUGGAGGCAUCACUGGCGGAUAAGAGCGUGGCCCACUUCUCUCCCCUCUCCCCCUUCUUCUCCACGGCCGCUCUUACUGGUCGCCCUAUCCCCCUAGCAGUCCUUGCCCAGGUCGACAAUCGCAUAGCUGCUGCGAUCCGGGGGUUACAUCCCCAGGCAGAAACGGACCCCCUGCAAGGCCUUGCCCUGAUGGCGGCAGCGGUUCGCGCGUGCGAAGGGGUGCGGCUUACGAAAGAUGGGCUUGGGCCCUGGCCAGAGAGCCCGACCGCGCGAGCGCGGACCGAGGCGCAAGAACCGGCUUCCUCGCCCCCCGGAGUCUUCCGGGCCGUAUUCCUCCCCCAGGACAAGGAACGGCCCCCUGCUGACGUCACCCUGCCGAGAAAGCCGGGCGGGGCGUAUUUGGAGCAGAUUGCGGAGGUGCUGGGGCUAGGGGAUGCCAACCGGGUGCUUAUCUCAAGGACCGUUGGCAAGUCCGGCAGCAACCUACGCAUCUACUCUCUACUGACUCCCCUCCCCACCGCCCACGUCAGCGAUGACGGCAGCUUCACAUUCCUUCCGGCCGGUUCUGACGAACGGAAGGGAGGAGCGGAUGUGGACUUCCCGGAAUCCUUGACAGGCGUUGAGACGGGGUCGGCCAUAAAGAAGAUAAACGGACACGAUUGUGACAAUGAGAGGAGUGGCUCGAGCGAGAGCAACGAGAGGAACGGAAGCGGCGACCGGAACGAACGGAACGGUUGGAACGAGAGGGCCAGCUGGGGAGCCGGGCACGCGGUGUUCGGGGACGCGGUGGUGGCCUCCGUCGGGACGACGUACUCGUCGCUCGGAAAGCUGACGUGGGAUGACGUCAGCACCAGGGACUGGCACAGCCUGCUCCUUUCUCGGCACCCCCGGGGAAUGUACCAGCUCAGUCGCGGCGCCCCGCUUGCUGCGACGCUGCCGCGCACUUACGCCGGGUCCGGUCGGUGGGAAGGCAAAACUCCAAAGACUCUCCUGUUCGAUUUGGGAAAGCCCAAGUGCAGUGGGGCCGGUGACAAGGUGCCUGUUUACACUCUGUCCAAGAAGGGGGAGGGGGCCGGUGAGAAUGAGCCCCAGAGUGUCGGAGCGACCGAAGGGGAGCCCGGGCUUGGCGUGAUGCGAGGGAGGCUGGACUGGGUAAAGGUUCCGUGCCGUCUGGAAGAAGAGCGAAGAACGGAAGUAACAGGGCCUCCGAAAUUAGGAAGUAGUCUGGAAACGGUGGAAGCACAAUCCUCCUUACAACCUCUCACGGAAGCGAAAACGGAAUCUUGCCCGGAAAGGGAAAGGAAGGACGAGCCGGGAUGGGAGGCGGAAGUGGAGUUCGUGUAUGGGCACCAGGCGAUGAGAGCCUCGUCGGGCGGUCGGUGGGAGUCUCCGGGGGACGCCGAGAACGCAGCCGCGCUGGCGGGCCUCCACGUGGUGCAGGCGCUGUUCGACGCCCGGGUGCUAACUAGAGAAGCGGCAAAAGAGGAAGGAAAAAUGGGAGAUCUCUCGAAUUCUGAGCAUGACGGCACAGCGAUCAUUGACUACAAGAUUGUUUCGGGAGGGACUGUGCUCGAGGAGAACCGGGGCUUCUUGGUACCCCGGGGAACGGGGGCGGUUCUGCCGCAGAUCGAACAGUGCAUCGACACGUGUCAGCAAGGGGAGACGCGCAGCGUCCAAAUGCGGGCCCUGGCCUCGUGGCAGCCCUUAAUAACUGCCACGUGUCUCACUGAAGAGCCUUUAGCUAAACCCAACGACCGGAUGGCUGCCUCGGAACCUCAGCCGGAGGAAUCUGAGAGUGGAGAUGACGUCACGAUCGAGGUCCGGCUGUGUGGACACGUGGAGCCCCGCGAGCAGCGGCUCGAGGGGGCCCUGUUCACACCGUCGCUCGCCAGCCAGCGAAUGGACUUCGCGCUGACUGUGCUCGAACAGUGUAAAGCCGCUUCGGUGCUAGAUUUAGGCUGUGGUUCCGGCGCUUUCCUCGAAGCCGUCGCGGAGAGAGCCACGUGCGUCCAGCGCCUUGCGGGCGCGGACGUGUCCGAACGCGCGCUCGCGCGUGCGCGCAAAGCGGUCCACGCGAAACUAGAGAAGCGGGGAACGGCCGGGGCGCUGGCGGAGAAAGACGUCGAGAUCAUCGGACGGUCGAUGUUGGACCUGGACGAGCGCUUCGCCGGCUGGGAUCUUGCCACGUGUAUCGAGGUGGUGGAGCAUCUGGAUCCGGAACCGUUGGCGGGAUUCGGUCCGGCGGUUCUGGGCAGACUCCGACCGAAAGUGCUCCUGGUUUCCACUCCGAAUGUCGAGUAUAACCCGGUUCUCCAAGCAGCGGCGACGGGAACUAGAAGGAGCGACGCGAACGAGGGGGAUGAACCAUGCCGGUUACGCAAUGAAGAUCAUCGGUUUGAGUGGACGAGAGCGGAAUUCCGGACGUGGGCGGUGGCUUUGGCAGCGGAAUACGGAUACUCCGUGGAAUACAGCGGUGUGGGCGGGGACGGAGCAGAGAACGGACCCGGUUUCUGUACGCAGAUUGCUGUGUUCCGCAGGAUAUCAAAAUGUGUAGGUGAUUCUUGAACAACUUCGUGACGACGGUGGUUUUGUCGUCUUUAGCGAACUUACGUCUUGUCCAAGCGGGGACGGGGAGAGAGCCGCUUUUCCCUCAUCCUGUUCCGGGCUUGUAUUCGAUCGAGGGUGCACAAGCACGCAUCGGCUGUAAAUCCGGAAUAAAUCGCUGAGAACGACUUGCAUGCAACUAGCUUGCCACAGGCGCCGCGUGCGUCGCGCGCGAGUUUGAGCCUUUAAGAAACUUCACGAACUGGUGUGCUCAGGCAGUGGACGGUGCGCGGCCAUCGGUUGUAUAUUUGCACUAUAUCGCUCCUAAC